AUGGACGACGAGUUCCUCUCCAACCGGCCCCCGUCGCCGUCCCAGGCUCUGAGCCCCAACUCCACCGAGGACCCCGGCUGGUGGGCGUCCUCUGACGGCGCGGAGACGGUGCACUUGGCCGUGCGCUGCGUCAUGACCUCGCUGUACACCGUCAUCAUCACGGUGGGGCUGCUGGGCAACGUCACGCUGGUGAAGAUCUUCAUCACCAACAGCGCCAUGCGCAGCGUGCCCAACAUCUUCAUCUCCAGCCUGGCGGCCGGAGACCUGCUGCUGCUGCUCACCUGCGUGCCGGUGGACGCCUUCCGCUACUUCUCCGAGGAGUGGGUGUUCGGCGAGGCGGCGUGCAAGCUCAUCCCCGUCAUCCAGCUCACCUCGGUCGGCGUGUCGGUGUUCACGCUCACGGCGCUCAGCGCGGACAGGUACAAGGCGAUCGUGAACCCGAUGGACAUCCAGACGUCCAGCGCCGUGUUCUGGACGUGUCUGAAGGCCGUUUCCAUCUGGCUGCUGUCCGUCCUGCUGGCCGUCCCUGAAGCCGUGUUCUCUCAGGUGGUCUCCAUGCAGGGUCACAGAGACGACAGUAACGUGACCUUAGUGAACUGCGUUCCCUACCCGCUGUCCAAUCAGAUGCAUCCUAAGAUCCACUCGGUGAUGAUCUUCCUGGUUUACUUCCUGGUUCCUCUGAGCAUCAUCUCCGUGUAUUAUUACCACAUCGCCCGCACGCUGGUCCAGAGCGCCCACGACAUGCCGGGGGAGGGGAGCGAGCACACCAAGAGACAGAUGGAGACCAGGAAGCGCCUGGCUAAGAUCGUGCUGGUGUUCGUGGGCCUGUUUGCGGUGUGCUGGUUCCCCAACCACGUGCUGUACAUGUACCGGUCCUUCCACUACGAGCACCUGGACCUGUCUCUGGCCCACCUGGUGGUCACCCUGCUGGCCCGAGUGCUCAGCUUCUCCUCCUCCUGCGUCAACCCCUUCGCCCUCUACCUGCUGAGCGAGAGCUUCCGCCGGCACUUCAACAGUCAGCUGCGAUGCGUUCAAGGUUCCCGGCCCGAGCGCCAAGCCAGCUACAUGCACAGCACCUCCCACAUCCGCCUGACCUCCAUCAAGAAGACCACGCCCACCGCCGCCAUCAUCGAUCCGGCGGCCAAUGGCAACUCCAGCAGACAGGAAGUGGCUCUGUGA